AUGCAUCCUCUCGAGUGGUCUAUCAGCCGCGACCCAGAAGUCUUCCCAAAUCCUGAUGAGUUUGAUCCAAUGAGAUGGCUGGAAACAAAGUACCCGACCUAUCAAGAACCGCUGACCAAAUACCCGACCAUCACUCAAUACAGUCAGUUUGGUUAUGGUCGCCGUAUCUGCGCGGGCAUGGGUGUCGCCGAGGCGGACCUAUUUGUUGGCAUCGGCAGUCUUGCCUGGAUGUUCUCUUUGAGCGCGAGUGACACUAAUAACGAAAAUGCUGCAGAACUUCCAAAGGAGUCUGUUCCAUCAUCGCUACCAGUCCACAAAGAAGAUGAGAACCCAGUAUCGACGCCAUCAGGCAUGCAGACGCCUCCCUCAGAAACCGAGAUUGAAGAACAACUCGACGAGCACUUUUCGGAAAAGAUGCUACCAACAGACACAUGCAGACUGUCCCGCCAAAAGACUGUCAAAAGGCCAAAGACAGCUACUUCCUCGAGCGGUGGCCUCAGUCGAGCAAAGACCGUCACCUACAAGCUUCGUCUCCCAGGAUCGUCCCUGCCGGGUCAAUUCCCGGCUUUCUUUGAACAACACACUGGCCCCGAUACCCCGCCCUCGUCACCCAAAACGCGCACCGCAAUGGCAGGUACACCCGACAUGCCUGCCGUGGAUAACAUGUUCAACUCUGCCGCUGACGAAAAAGCUUCGAAGCCUGAUCCCACACUCGAGUACUCAAGUUUGCUGAUUGCCAAACCUCUGCCCUUCAAGUUCAACAUGAAAAUCAGGAACAAGAAAAAGGCCGAGCAUGUUGCUCGCGAGUGGAUGUUCUACAAGAUGGAUGGCGAGUUCGAGGAUUCGAGGUGUUAUUGGGAAGGUGGCAAUGCUGGCAACAAGCAAUACGGAUGGGGUGAGGUGCACAAAUGA